AGCGUGGAAGUCAACGCAUUCAAAACAACCCAAAAGUUCCCGAAAGUAUUGUUUACUCAAGAUGAGUUCAAAUAUGAAUCGUAAAGUUUUGGCAAUUCAGGCAAAGAAGAGACGAGGUAAGGGAGUGAAGAGUAAACAACUCAAACGGGACGCGGGAAAACCGGACAAAAAACCUCGCCAAAUACAGAACCCUCCGCCAAAAUACGAAAGCGAUAAUGAUGAUGAUGAUAAUAGCGAUUCAGAGGAGCAAGAAGAUGUCAGUGAUUAUAAGAAAGGUGGUUACCACCCAGUAAAACUUGGAGACCUCUUUAACAGCAGAUAUAGUGUGAUACGAAAACUUGGAUGGGGCCAUUUUUCAACUGUAUGGCUUGCUUGGGAUUUAAAAGAAAGACGUUAUGUUGCUCUGAAGAUUGUGAAGAGUGCAUCACAUUACACAGAAACUGCUUUGGAUGAAAAGAAACUCUUAGAGAAGGUUCACACCACUGAUCCCAAUCAUGCUGGACAUAAACAUGUUGUUCAAAUGUUGGAUGAUUUUAAGAUCAUUGGAGUUCAUGGCACACAUAUAUGCAUGGUUUUUGAGGUCUUAGGCCAUAAUUUAUUAAAACCUAUUAUUCAUUCAAAUUAUAGAGGUCUUCCUGUCCAACAAGUGAAGUCGAUAAUUAAACAGACUCUUUUAGGCUUGGAUUAUCUUCACACAAAAUGUGGAAUUAUACAUACAGAUUUAAAACCAGAGAAUAUAUUAUAUUGUAUAACAAAUAAAGAAAUACAAAAGAUUGCUCAUGAAGCGAAAAUAGCAUCUAUGAACGGAAAUCUAUCUUCGGAUAUUAUUGCAACGGCGCCAGAGCACAUAAUGCAACAACAGCAAAGAAGUGGUGAAAAAUUGUCGAAAAACCAAAAGAAAAAACUUAAGAAACGAUUAAAAAAACAACAAGAAAAAUAUUUGCAAGAACAGGAUGAACAGGAACAAAAAGACGAAGUCCCGACGCCUUCAGAAAAAUGCCAAAGUUUGAACGAUGAAGCUGAAGUGAAAAGCGAAGAGAUUGAAGAGAUUGUUGAAAACUUGAAGGACGCUGAAUCUUGCGAUAAAAACGUGGAUUGCUGCGAGGAAAAUGCGGGUUGUCAGGAUAAAGUUGUAAAUAAUAAUGGUAGUUCAGAUAUGAUGGUUGAAAACCAAAGUGAUAAAUGUGUAAAUAAAGAAUUAAAUGAAACAACUAAAACAGAUGCCGAAAUCUCGACUCAAGUAAAUUGUGGCGGGAAUGACCGAACUGUGGCCGAAGCCAAGGCGGCAAGUGUCAACGACGAACAAAUGCAGUGGACCAAUGGUGAACCAGGGAAGGAUUGCGUCAGCAAAGAUAGCCUGGCUGAUGAUAGUCUUGCCGGCAUUCAGAAAAUGGACAUAUCACCCGGGAAAGAUGCGAAUCACGAGUGUGGUAAUCUUGUAAGGAGUGGCGAAUGUACAGAGAACGAAGUCAGCGUUAACGAGACGGUGGAAAUCGUCGAGAAAUUGGAUGUGAGCGAGUGGAGUGGGAACGAGAUUGAAUCAAUGGAAACACACGCAUUAAACAAUCAAAAUGAAGAGGACGUCGGUGUGAAAAUUGCUGAUCUUGGCAACGCAUGUUGGGUGGAUCAUCAUUUUACAGAUGAAAUUCAGACACGUCAGUAUCGAAGUAUUGAAGUGUUAGUUGGUUCAACGUAUGGACCUCCAGCUGAUAUCUGGAGUACAGCAUGCAUGACAUUCGAGUUACUGACGGGUGACUAUUUAUUCGAACCACAUUCUGGCGAUAAUUAUUCCAGAGACGAAGAUCACAUUGCCCAUAUCAUAGAGCUGCUGGGAAAAAUACCAAAACACAUUGCGUUGGGAGGAAAAUAUUCAUCAGAGAUGUUCAAUCGAAAAGGAUUGCUAAGAAAUAUAACAGAGUUGAGACCAUGGCCUCUUGAAAACGUUCUUACUGAAAAAUACGAGUGGAACGAAGCAGAUGCAGAAGAACUGGCUUCGUUUUUACUGCCAAUGUUGGACUACGUUCAAGAAAAUAGGGCAACAGCUGCUCAAUGCUUGGAACAUCCUUGGCUUAGUAAUAUUUGAAUGAUGUCUUUGUGUAGCUUUCUUCAUUUCGACAUCACAUAUGGCGCAAGCAGAAAACACUAGUUUAGCCAUUUCAAAUGGAGUGCUGUCGUUACCCUUUCUUCCAUAUACUUGUCUUUGAUGAGAUUGAGGGACAGAGGAACUAGCAAGAGCACACGCCGGGGAAUGAUAAAACAAAGAGAACGAAGAGAUAAUAAUUUGAGAUGCAGGGGUUUGUUUACAAAACUACGACUUGUGGGGCCGAUUUUUGAUUUUGGUAAACGUCGAUGACCCAAUUUUAGUGCAUGAUGAUGUCUCAUGCUGACAUUUGUGAAUACAAUCUUAAACGUAUCAUUAACGUACGUCUGAUUCGGCUCCACAAAUCCCUUUGUGUAAACGUACCUUUCCACGGGGAUGCCGGAAGUUAGUCAUAGCAAGAAGUGCAAUUUCACUGAUUUCGUCGAACAAAAAAUGUCAACUAUGUAUGGCACCUCCAUCGUGGCUCCUUCAUGCCUCUACACAUUUUUAUACCCAAAAAGAAGCAGCUGCGAAAUUUUUUUUCCUUGCUUGAUAUACUGAAAGUUGUUAGUACCAGUACUAAAAAAUUUUGUAAUUGCUCUGGUUUAGGUCUAAAAAUGUUUGUAGUUUUUCGUUAAAGCAUAACUGAGGGCCUGAGGUAUCUAUUGUUUCUUAACAUAUACUAUCAGUAACAGAGGUUAGGUAUGUAUACGCUUUGAAACAUGUGACAGUAUUUGCUAAAAUAUUAGCUUAUUUCAUCAGGCUAUGUGCACACGGUAACGUUUUUGAGAGUUUACAUUUUUGUUUCCUGGCAAAAACGGUCGCAGACACAAUAUAUUUAAUAUAUUGAGCAUUUUACCCCUUGGUUCCAUGUGAACAAGAAAACGAUAAACAAGAACCAAAACGAUUUUAAAAACGCUCGACUGACUGACGAUGCUCGUGUGAACAUAGUUCCAGUGCAUCCAACUGUGGUCCAUCUGACGUCAUCAUACAGUGUGUAAACUAGGGAGAGAGAUAGAAUAUAUUAUAUAAGCGCACUGGUGUAAAGAGUUGUGUAAUGACGAGCCAAAUAAGACCUCACACUGUUUUAAGAUCAUAUCACUGCAGCGCUUAUAUAAACCCUCUUCUGGUCAUACAAUACAGUUAAUUCAAUAUAACGGUAAUGAAUGGUUUGAUUUAUUCAAAGCAAUGGAGAAAACCCUAAAUGCUCCGCGCGCAAUGGAUUAUUUGAGCCGUACGUGUACGAAAGCUUCGAAAUUGCGGUUUUUCCUCCCAGGACAAAUCAUCCAGGUACAAGGCUGCUUUUGGAGCCUGGACGAGCAUCCUUGCGCACGCAGAGUGCAGGGUUACAGGCUUAUGGCGCAGUAUGAGGAAUAUUGUUUUGAAAGA